GCACCGCGGCUGCAUCUGGCGAGCCGUCAUUCGCCGUGCGGUGGCCGCGUGUGCCCAUGUGGCUGCUUGCUGCGGGCCCGGACGCAAGGGGUGCGGGUGACGACAGCUCGGGGCCGGUCCUGUGCUGCCGGUCUGAGGCCCUGCACGUGCUGGGCCUACAGCCUGGAGACCGCCUGGCGCUGCACCCGGAGGGGCCCGGCCGUGUGAUUCUGGUGGUGCCACCCAGUCGUGGCAAUGCGACAGCGGCGCACACGGUCGCCGGCGGCGGUGGCAUCGGGGCGCCGGCGGCGGCUGCACCUCCCGGCCCUGAGCCGCUCCUGCUGACGUGGAACAAAGAGCUCCGUGUGAAGGUCAACCUGCACGAGGGGCGGUCCGACUGGAUUCCGCUGUUCCCAACGGAAACCCCGCUUGCCCGCGGUGACGGCGGCCGGCAGCCGGUGCCGCAGGAGGUGGUGCUGUGGGCGCCGCCGCAGCUGGCGCCGGUCCCGGCGGCCGCCCGCAACCCGCACGCUCCGGUGCCCCUGCACUUUGGUCUAGCGCUAAACAACCCCGGCCGGCGCGGCAAGUAUAUGAUGUCCACUUAUCGGUCUCGCAUCUCGGGCCGCAUGUCCCAGGCGCCGGACGGCAGCGUGAUGGCGGUGAUGCCCGGCAGCCGCCUGGUGGUGGCCUGGUGGUGGCCGCCCGCCCACAACCCCGCCGCUUUCGUCGAGGGCGGUAUCGCAGGGUAGCCAUGCACACCAGCGUUAUCAGGCGGGCCGCGGGGGCAUGCAGGGGCGGCUGGGGCAUCAGCAGCUGCUGUAACACUGUGCAUCACCGCGGCUAUGGACCUGAUUUUGGCCGGACGGCACCGGGUUUGAUAAAGUUGCAGCCGGAUACACGCCGAAUGCAUCGGUUGAUGGGGAUGGCGGGCGGGUGCAAGGAAGUGCAGGUGCAAACGCUUCCACCGGUCCGGAGGAGCCCGUAGCGGGGUGUCUCGGAACGGUCAUCGGGAUGCUCGACGGGGCGCCAGAGCGACGGCCGGGAAAGAGUGGAUGAUGUGGUAGGUGGGCGGCGGUGGUUAUGAUGGCACCUUGCAACCUGCAAAAGGAUGGCGGGGCCCCACCCAUCGCAGACGUUGCAUGCAAAGCAUGAGCGGUAUGUGAUGCAUAGCGAUGGUACCGAAAGGGCAUUGGGGCAGCGAUUCUAAUACCGAAAUGCUGGCUGACGGGUUAGGGCCAAGCAGAUGCACUGUGCGACCUCAUCCGGUUGUCGCCAUGGCGGUGCGGGGCGUGAGUGAGGCACAACGUUGAUGUGGGUUGUGAUAGCUACGUGGGGCCUGUGUUCCUAUGGGCUAUGGCCCGGACCUUGACAACGGACUCAAAUCCCAACUGAAUGAGGCAGAUACCCGCAAUCGAGCUUCGGUUAUACGCCUGCCCCAUACGCGUGGCCGCAAUGGCGCAGCAGCGUGUUCAAGUCCUUGUGCAUCUGAGCUAACUG